GCUCCCAGGGUUCUCUGGGAACAGCCAUGCCAGUUGAACUGUUCCGUCACUGGGUUCGUUGCCAGAGAAACUGCCGAAGCCGGGACAGAAGGCAGCCGCGGAGAAAAUGAACCAGGCACAGAGCCUGCUGAUCGAUGGGCUCACCAAGACGAAACACGUCGCCAACGCAGCUCUCAUCAAAAUAAGUGACGGUUCCAUCCUGGCCACCACGCCCGGCUUCAAUAUCCAGAGCCAGAUCCCGCUCCUCAUCCAAGCCUUCUACAAGAACCUGGUGCACGUGCGGAAAGAAGGCCUGUACUUCAAGGAGAAGCAGUACAGCUGUGCCCGAGCUGACGACACAUCCAUCUACCUGCGGGCUAAAGACUGUGGGCUGGUGGCCGCCAAGACAAGGUCGUUCAUCCUGGUUGGCACCUACUCCCAGGGGAUGUACCCCAGUGUGUGCGUAGAAGCUGUCGAACAGCUGGCGGACUACCUCAGAGGGAAAGGCAACUGAAGGGGGACCUCCAGAAGGUGGAGACAGAGCCGUUUCACUCGGAAACAAAAGAUGGCGUGACCAAGUGGCACAUGGACCGUCUCCCCGAAACCUCGACUGAAAAGGAAGGGUCAUUCGGACCCCUGUCAGUCACGUUGCGUCCACAGAGAACUGCAAAAGCCUUUACAGUGUCAUCUAUUUUCUCUUAAAAACAAUUAAAAAGCGUGCAGAACCAAACACAAA